AGCGGCCGGAUCUGAACGGGGGUGCCCCGCGGCCCCCGCCGCUCGGGCUGGGUGUGUCCCCGGUCCCGCCGUGCCCCUGCCCGCCGUGCCCCGCCCUCCCGGCAGUGACGCCAUGGCCUGGCAGGGAGGAGCCUCCGCCCUCCGCUCCCGCCAUCACCAAACUUUCCGCUGGCACCGGCCGCCGCCGCCUCCUCCCCGGCACAUGGCACCGCCACCCCGGCGCUGAGCCCCGCCAGCACUCUCGGUCGGAGGACGAUACCGCGGACAGCGGGGACAGCGCGGCCGCCGCCGCCGCGCCAGCGCCGCAAUCACCGCCGCUGUCACCKGCACCCAUCGCGGGGCUCUCGGGAGGACGGGGCAGAGCGGCGAGGGGCGGCCGGAGGCAGCGGAGCCGGUGCCCAUGUGCCCGCGGUCGCGGCGGGGCGAUGAAGCCGCGAUGAGCCCGGCGGCCGAGGGGAGCCUGCGGCCCUGGAAGCCCGACCCGGGGCAGGCGGACGGGGGGCGGCCACCGGGGCCGGCGCUGCCGCUGACCCUCAGCGUGCUGGCCUGGCUGGGCACCGGCACCACCAUGGCCGGCCUCAACAAGUGGAUCUUCGCGGCGCACGGGUUCCGCUACCCGCUGCUGCUCUCGGCGCUGCACAUGCUGUCCGGCGUGGCCGUGGGCUACCCGCUGGGCUGGGCGCGGGUCCCGGGACCCCGGCCCCGCGCCAGGAUCUACCUGCUCAGCCUCACCUUCUGCACCAGCGUGGCCCUGGGCAACCUGGGCCUGAGCUACGUGCAGCUGGACGUGGCGCAGGCCGUGGCCACCACCACGCCGCUGGUGACGCUGGUGCUGGGGGUGCUGGGGGGCCGCCGGCCGCACCCGCUGCAGUUCUGGGCCAUGGGGCCGGUGUGCGCCGGGGCCGCCUGCAGCAUCGCCGGCGGCCUCUGCUUCUCCCAGCCCGGCUGCGGCUUCCUGCUGGCUGCCACUGUGCUCCGCGCCCUCAAGUCCAUCCAGCAGAGUGUGCUGCUGCAGGAGGACCGUCUGGAUGCGCUGUCCCUGCUCGGCCUGACGUCCCUGCCCAGCUUCGUGCUGCUGUUUGGGGCAGCUGUAGCGCUGGAGCUGGGUCCCUCGUGGCAGGGCGUCCUUCGCCCCGACGCCGCGCUCUGGGGCUGCGUCCUGCUCAGCUGCCUGGGCUCCGUCCUCUACAACCUGGCCACCUCCUGCCUCCUGUCCCUCACCUCUGCCCUCACGCUGCACCUCCUGGGCAGCCUCACCGUGGUGGGCAACCUGCUGCUGUCGUGGCUGCUGUUCGGCACGCGGCUGGGCGCGCUGGGCUAYGCCGGCGUGGCGCUGACACUGGCCGGGAUGGUGCUGUACCACCAGCCCCGGCUGCUGGCUGCCUGCUGGGGGCUGCGGCAGCACCCGCGCCACGAGUAGGGACCCGUGGGGCUGGGGGCCGGGAGGGCUCUGGGGGAGUGCUGAGCACGUGUGUGCCCGUGUGUGACUCUGUGCACGUGUGUGCACGUGUGCCAGUGUGCACGGCUCUGUGUGCACACAGGUACUGAGGUGCACGGUGCUGUGCACAUGUGUGUCAGUGUGCAUGGCUGUGUGCACAUGUGCUUUCUGGUGUGCCCAGAUCUGAGUGCACAUCCUYGUUUGCACAGCACUGUGCACAAGGAUGUGCUGGUGUGCACGUGUGUGUUGUGUGCACAGCUGUGUGCAAGCAUGUGUGCUGCUGUGUGACACUGCACAUGUGUCAGUGUGCACAGCUCUGUGUGUACACAUGUGUGCACAGCUCUGUGCACGUGUGAGUGCUGCUCUGUAUGAUGCUGUAUGUGUCAGUGUGCACAGCAGUGUGCACAUGUGUGUGCUGCUCUGGAUGACACUACAUGUGUCUGUGCACAGCUCUGYACACGCGUGUGCUGUUCUGUAUGACACUGAAUGUGUCAGUGUGCACAGCUCUGUGUGUACACACGUGUGCACAGCUCUGCACACGUGUGCUGCUCUGUAUGAUACUGCGUGUGUCAGUGUGCACAGCUCUGUACACGUGUGUUGUGUACACAGCUCUGCACAUGUGUGUGCUGCUCUGUAUGACACUGCACACGUGUGUGUUGAAUUGCACAGGUUCUGCAGGUGUGAGUGGAUCUGUGUACAGCUCUGCUUGUGGGUGUGCACAGGCUCUGCGGGUGUGAGUGUGGCUCUGUGGGGCACACGUGUUGAUGUGUACGACACUGCACACGUUGGUGUGCACAGCUCUGUGUGUGUUGGUGUGCAAAUGUGUGUUGAUGUGCAUGUUGGUGUGCACAGGCUCUGUGCAGGCAGGUCUUGUGCUCGUGGGCACGUGUGCAUUGGUACAGACUGUACAUAUGUGAGUGUGUGUGUGUGGCACACGUGUGCUGGUGUGCACAGUGGAUGUGUCAGUGCCCCUCCAUGCGUGCACAGCGCUCUGUGUGUGUGCUGCAGGUGUGUGCUGCUGGCAGGUACCGCUGUGCACAGUGGCUCUGUGCAGGUGAGCAGGUACCUGUGUGUGUGCACUGGCUCUGCACGUGUGUCCCUGUGUGCACACACAGGCUGGGCACGCCCAGGGACACGGCUCUGGAUCCACAGCUCUGGAUCCACGGCUCAAUGCCUCUGGCUGCUGUCCCACCUGCACACGUGUGUGUGUGUGUGUGUGUGUGUGUGUGUGUGUGUGUGUGUCAGUGUCACUACUGAGCUCUGCUGGCUGGAGUGGCCCCUGGCUCUCUGUACACUCGGUUCUUGUGGCCAAUGGGACGCCCAGGACAGGGCAGGUGCGUGUCCCCUCUCCUGUCCCCAUCCCCACUGUGCCGUGACAAUCCCAUGGGGCUGCCGGUGGUCCUGUCAGCAUUGUCUUUGUCCCCACUGUGCCCUGCCGGCCCCCACAGCUCCGGCCCUGUCCCAGUCCCUCCCAGCUCACUGCAGACUGGCAUCCGUGGCUGGGAUGCCGAGAGCCCGGCUGAGGUGACGGAAGCAGCCCAGACCAGCUGCCAUCACUCCAGGACGGUGCUGGGCUGUGACACGGGACAGUGCUGGGCUGUGACACAGCACACACUCACCAUGGCAAAGGGACAGCCCCGUGUGUGUGCCCUGGCACCGCUGCCAGGGUCCGUGGUGGCUGUUGCCACGCUCAUGUCUCUACGCCGGGGCCGAAGGACCCAGCUCCAAUUGCACUUGUCCCAAAAUAAAGCUCUAUUUUUGUUGUACUCCA